AAGCAACAGCACCAGCUCAGAUUCCAGCAACAGUAGCAGUCAACGCCGACCUCGGCGAUUAAGUCAAGUUGGCAGCAUCACAGAUCCUGUGCUGGAAGAGCAUGCUUUCAUACUCUGGGCCAGUGAGAACCGCAGCCAGCUGGAGCAGCAGCAUCCUAGUGCCUCACCCAGUGAAAUUGACACAUUCUUGUUGCUGCGCUGGUGUGAAGUCGCUGACAGUCUCAAAGCCAAAUUCUUUCUUCGGGCCCGUGAAGCUUUCAGUGACGAUGAAAGGGACAUGAUUCGUUCUGGUUCAGUGACAGAUCUGGAAGCUGGCAUGUGUGUUGACUUCUUCAGUGACAGUGAACCAGUUUUCACAGACUUCAUCCGUUUACCUAUAGACAGGCAGCGGGACAUGCUCCGGAAGUGGCUCAAAUUCUUCCAGAAAACACUACCAAAGAAGGAGUACAUUGACUUCAUCAUCACCUUUAAGCGGGCAUGUAACAGAGACUCCAGGAACCCUUCAGGCAGAUCCAAGAGAACCCGAAUGAGAUGCUUAGAUCCAUCCUACUACAAGAUGCUCUUUGAUAUGAUUCGGGUUACAAAACCCAGAGUGCUAGAAGUGUUUAAGCUUAAACAAGACAAAGAGAAGGCUGCACUGUCUGACGCUUACAGCACAAUGCUUCUGAAACUGGUGAACAAUGAACCAAUGACACCCUUAGAGCCUGGUAGCAGAUCUCAGGCUCUGACAGAAAUACUGCAAGAUCUAGGCAUAGCAGACAACCUGGAUGUUUCCUUUAGUACCGGAGUCUGCUGCACAUCAUUGGACAGUUCUGUUGCUACUGGAAGCAGUGAUCAGGACAUGAGCGAUGCAGUUUGUAAAGAGGAAGCUAGAAGUGAGGUGGAUGCUUCAUUGGCUUCUCAUGAAUGGAGGACAGUGGCUGAUAUUGUCAACAAGGUACCGGUAACAUUGGAGAUUAAGGCUGCAUUUAGAAAUGAUUCCUGCUUUGACGAGAGUGACUACAGUCUUCUCAGCUGUGACUUGGCUCUUGGUUUGCUGUCUGGUUUAAGCGGG